UCUGUCCUUUUUUCGGACACAUAAAAGGCUCUGGGAUGAGGACAGGCCUGUCCUGUUGACCUACACAGUCAUGAUGGGUAAGAUCAUCUUCUACGAGGGCAGGAACUUUGAGGGACGCCACUAUGAGUGCAGUGGUGACUGCGCUGACAUGCACUCCCACUUCUCCCGGUGUAACUCCAUCCGGGUGGACAGUGGGUGCUGGGUGGCCUAUGAGAAGUCUAACUAUUCUGGGUACCAGUAUAUGCUGACAAGGGGGAAGUACCCCGACCACCACCGCUGGUCCGGCUUCAACGACUGCAUCCGCUCCUGUCGCAUCAUCCCUGCUUAUAAUGGAAACUACAGGAUGAAGAUCUUUGAGAGAUCAGACUUUGGGGGCAAGAUGAUGGAGCUGAGCGAUGACUGUCCCAACCUGCAGGACCGCUUCCACCUGAGAGACAUCUCAUCCUGCAAUGUCAUGGAGGGCUACUGGAUCCUUCAUGAGCACCCCAACUACAGGGGUCGUCAGUACUUCCUACGCCCUGGCGAGUACAACAAGCACAGCGACUGGGGCAGCAUGAGCUCCACUAGUGGCUCAGUGCGUCGCGUCAUAGAGCUGAAGCAAACCAACCAAUAAAGCAGAGUCUCUAGAUCUCUCUCCAGCCAGGCUAGAUCUCUCUAAAAGCCUGUAGAAUUCUGUACAGGGGUUGAUAAAAUGAGUCAAUCUCAACAUACGGUUGGUGUCAGGGAAUAAGGAGAUUGUCCUUUAAUAAUUAGUAUCACUGGAUGAUAAUAUGACUGGGCUGAAGUAAGAAAGCAGUGUCUUGGAAUCCUGGUGUAGAUGUACAAAGAGCAUUUAGAAGGUUUUAUGCAGACAGAAGUGCAUUUAUACACACCCUCCGCUCACAUUGAAUAAUAAACCAGUGGAUGGUAGGAUGGAACAGUAUAUUUAAUUGUGUCCCUAAUGCAGCGGCAAAGACAGUUGCAACUUCUUCCAACUGAGAAGCCUGCUUAAAUUGUUGUGGUGUUUUAACAAUAUUCUGACCUCCUAAAUUCAAACACAUGAAUUUGUGUCUGAGGCAAAAUCACUUUGUUAACUUGUCAAUGUUACACUUGUCAUGGAAUUGCCACCAGGGACUCUAAAGUCAAACUUGAAUGAAUCAUUCUUUAUUAUCAGAAUGCUGGAGAGGUCACAGUCAAACUUAGAUGCAUAAAGUACCGGUCUGAAAUGAGCUCUUUCAGGGCAGUCCUUUAAGUUCUCUUAUAUACUGCUUACACAGACAAGCUACUGUAUAUAGGCUUGGUUACUGCAUGUGUCUGGUACUGAACUUUUAGAACAUUCUGACAAAAGGUCUGAGGAGGGGGUCAUGACCGUAUCCCACUCAUAUCUCAACCAAGCACCCACAGGAACCAAUGAUUGUAUGAGACAAGAUGUACAAUUCAAGGUUGUCUCCAGACUAUGCAUUUAUCCUCCACAUUCCCUACUUUUAUUACUUCUAUGAUAAUAAUCGUUACAAAUGUAAUGAGAUAAACACUUUCAAACCCUUCAUUCUGGGUUAUACAAUCUAAUUAUUAUGGUAAUACUAUCAUCAUAAUAAAGGUUAUGCUUCUAUUAA